AUGUCAAAGUGCCUAAACAAUGAUAGCAAAAUACAAAUGAGACUUAAUAUUAAACAGCAUCGACAAAAACUUCUUCAAUAUUUAGAGAAUACCAAUGAUACCUUUUUAAAGCCUAAAAUCAAAUUAAUUUCAAAUGAUAUAGAAAAAUCUAAUAUAAAUCACAAUUAUAAAAGAAAAACCAGAUCAAGUACUGUGAAACAACUACCAAAUUUUCAACCACAUAAUGAGAAUGACUACCCACCCACCACAAAGAGAAAAAUUAUGACUUCAAAAACAGAGAGGAAUUAUCAAAAUGCCAAAGAACGAAAAUCCCGACAUAACAUAGCCAACAGUUUUGAAACUCUGAGAAAAUGUUGUAGUUAUUUGUGCACCAAUAGACCCUUGCCAUCAAAAAAUAGCAUACUUUUGGCUGCUAAAAAGGAAUGCGAUUUGUUAACACUUCAUAACAAGAAAUUAUUAGAAAAUAAAAUAUAUUGGAGCAAGAAAAAUGAAAUUCUGAAAAGUAGGAUAAAUGAAUUGACGAUAUUGAGUAUAAUAUUAUAG